AUGAUCAUCGAUACCUCGUCCAUAGCCGGAUACGCUAUCUUUCGGGAAGAGCCCACCGACGCCGUUCCAGACCUGUCGAAGAGUCGCUCGACCCAUCCUCUCAACCAGCUGUCGAUUGAAGAGAUUCGUGCUGCUUCCAAGAUCAUUCGUGAAUAUGCCGGCUCGAAGCCUCUGAAGUUCAACUGUCUCACGUUGCGUGAGCCUAAGAAGCACGAGUACGUGGCCUUCCGUGAUCGCCGCGGUCCUAGGCCUGACCGCCGCGCUUUUGCUAUCAUCCUCGAGAAGGGCACGCCCAACAUCGCCGAGGUCAUUGUCAACCUCAACCAGUCUGUUGUUGAGGACUGGAAGGUCGUCCAAGAUGUUGGCCCGAUCUUGACUCUCGAGGACCUUGACGUUUGCGAGCGCGUCGCCCGCGCAGAUCCUCGAGUAAUUGAGGCUUGCAGGGAAAUUGGCAUCACAGACAUGAGCAAGGUCUAUAUAGAUGCCUGGGCUAUUGGUUUCGACCACCGCUGGGGCACCGAACGACGCCUGCAACAGGGCCUCGUCUACUAUCGUAAUUCGGAGUCUGACAACCAGUAUGCUCACCCACUUGACUUCACCGUCAUCCUUGACACGGAGAAGGAAGAGGUCCUUGCGGUUGAUAUCCGUCGCGUGAAUGGAGAGCGCACCGCUCCUUCUUUCGAAGAACACAACUACAUGCCGGAUUACGUCGGCGACUCGUACGAGGAAAAUAGGCUGAAGCCUAUUGACAUUGUCCAGCCCGAAGGCGUCUCAUUCCGUAUGCGAGGAAGUGAGCUUCACUGGGCUGGGUUCAAAAUGCACAUUGGCUUCAACUAUCGCGAGGGCAUCGUGAUCUCCGACGUCCGCCUCGACGACCACCAUGGACAGCGUGUCCGCAAACUCUUCAACCGCAUCAGUCUCGCGGAAAUGGUCGUUCCUUACGGGAACCCGGAUCAUCCCCACCAGAGGAAGCAUGCCCAUGAUGAGGGAGAAUAUGGCAUGGGGUUAAUGACCAACUCUCUGAAGCUCGGAUGCGACUGUAAAGGGGCCAUCCACUAUCUCGACGCCAUCAUGUGUACGAGCAGCGGCGAGCCGGCCGUUGUACAAAAUGCCAUCUGCAUUCACGAGGAGGAUAAUGGUCUGGUCUACAAGCACACCGAUUACCGUGACGGCACCGUGAUCUCCGCCCGAGAUCGUAAGCUCAUCAUUUCGCAGAUCAUCACGGCUGCCAAUUAUGACUAUGCGUUCUACCAUAUAUUUACUCUUGAUGGAACCUACAAGCUCGAGGUUAAGCUUACGGGCAUGCUCAAUACCUAUUGCUUGCAUCCCUCGGAAACAGCUGCUCCAUACGGCACCGAGGUUGCUCCGGCCAUUACUGCCCACAAUCAUCAGCACAUCUUCUCGCUGCGCGUCGACCCGGAGAUCGAUGGUCCAAACAACUCCAUUGUACAGAAUGAUGCUGUACUCACCGAUGCGCCGCUUGGCUCCGCGGAGAAUCUUUACGGCAACGGCUUUUACUGCAAGAAGACGCCACUUCGUACUGCCAAGGAGGCUGCCGCCAAUUAUUGCUACGAGACCAGCCGCAGCUGGGACAUCAUCAAUCCCAGUAGCAUCAACCCUUCUACCAAGAAGCCUGUUGCCUACAAGAUCCUCAACAACAACUGCCCGACGCUUCUCGCGAAGCCUGGAAGUAUGUUAGCGAAACGUGCUGCGUUCGCCCGAAAGAGUCUCUGGGUCGUCCCCUACGAGGACUACCAACUUUUUCCCGCCGGUGACUACGUCUGCCAGUCCACCGGUGAACUCGGCCACCCCUACAACAAGACCAUCGCAGAUUGGGUGGCGCAGGAUGGUUCGGUUGAGAACACCGACAUUGUGUGCUACAUCCAGUUUGGCCUCACCCAUUUCCCGCGCACCGAGGACUUCCCCAUCAUGCCAGCUGAGCCCGUAAGUGUGAUGCUUCGAGCCUCGAACUUCUUUGUCAAGAACCCGGCUCUGUGGGUUCCACCUACCCACAUUGCGGUUGACAAGUCAUCGGAGAACGCUUUUGCCCAAAAGCAGCAGGUUUGUUGCGGCAAGUCUGAUGUUCCUAGCAAGCUUUGA